UGGCGCUGAUCUUUCUAUCGAUACUAAAGGGCGCACGAUGCCUAGACGAAGCUGUAUUUCGCAAAAUGAGAGGGAAAUACCUACCAAAUUAUGUAUUCAAGACAGUAAAGGCGAACAAUGAACUACACUGUAGUAAUUAUUGUUCGAUGGACGGAUCGUGCGCGUCGGCAAAUUUCAAAACGUCCGGGAAGGGUCGAGGUUUGUGCGAGCUAAACAGCAAAACAGUGGAAAUAGGAGGAGAAAGCAAUCCGGAAUUCAACUAUCUUGAAAUAGUAACGAGAAGUUGCAGAGGCGAUAAGUCUCAAUUCUUUUCGGAAGCAACCAAGACUUGUAAAUUACACCAAAGUUGCAAAGACUUGUUAGAAAGAGAUGGAUCACUUUCUGACGGUGUUUACACGUUACAAGCAAAUGACUCGCUCGAAAAAUACCCAGUGUACUGUCAAAUGGCUGAUACAGCUGGAUGUGGAAAGGGAGGCUGGACACUAGUGAUGAAGGUGGAUGGCAACAAGAAUGAUUUCAACUACAGUUCUUCCUACUGGACGAACAAGAAAACUUUUGCAGUCGAAGAUGGUUUGGAAGGCUUGUCAGAGAAGCAAACAAAAAUGGCUUCCUACUGGAACACACCGUUUACCAGAAUCUGCCUUGGAAUGAAGGUCAACGAUGUCACAAACUGGAUAACGAUUGACAAGAAAGCUAGGUCGCUGUUCGAUGUGAUCGCUGGCGGAGCAACAACUAGGACAACCGCUGGAAAGGAAACGUGGAAAUCGCUGAUCGCGGGCUCAUCGCUGCAAAACAACUGCAAUGAUGAAGGGUUUAACCUGAGAUGUCAAAUUAACGAACUUUACAUGCGUGUUCGAAUUGGAUUAGUUGCGAAUAAUGAAGUCACCUGUGAUACCUGUGACUCGUAUAUUGGACUUGGUGUUUCGUAUCUGGGCUGUGGUAUUCAAUCUACAAUAACAUGCGGCAACUUGGCAGUGUGUCACAGCUCUUCCCAUUAUAAUGCUGACACCUACAUCUGGGCAUUCGGUUAUAUACUCGUCCAGUAGCAGGUCCUAUAGUGUAAAGAACUAGGAAGCUAGAAUCGUAGGAGACUCUAGUAUGUUCCGUGUACUUUUUAUAUAGAGAUGAUUUUGAGGUAUUGAAAUGGCCAAACAAGCACAUGCUCAGCCGGCAUAACUACACCAUUAACAAAAUGAUGUUAGAUAUCUAUUUCAAUACCUCAAAGUUAUUUUAGGCAUCGUGAAAGUUUGUCAUCGCGGGUAUAACCGGGAUUAUAUAUAAAAAGUUCUUAUAUAGAGAGAGAGCUCCAUAGAUUUCCAUAUGAGCUCCACCAAUCUUAAAAUUUGCAAUUAUCUUACCCCUUACGACAACAAUAACUAUUAUCU